AUGGAUGAGGGGAAAAAGAGAGUAGCUAUGACGACGACUGAAAACGACUAUUACAGGCUGGCGAAAGUAUCGUGGUCCAGCUUGAUUUCUUUAUGGCGUGUUUUUCGUGGUCGAAAAUGGAACCCAUUGCGAUGUCGUACUGAUACGGUUUGCUUGGAUACGAGGCAACAGUUUAUCGCCACAUUACUUUUUACUAUAUUACUGUUUCUGCUGCCCACGGUCAUCGUUUAUUUCGUCGUCUUCAAAGCGUUGCGACUAUCCGUGUUGGCGAUCCAGAAGGUGCUCACCGUGCUGGCACUCCACCAUCAAUACACAAUUCCUUGGAUGGAUCAUACGUUCGCGUCAAUCCAGCGUCGAGGUGACGAGACAUGGAUGGGACAAGGACGAGAAUCCUUGUGUUGA